UUUUAGAAUGGAAUCUGCUGAUCAAUCUUUGCUACGAGCACUGGAAUCGAAAGCCGCUGGAACUGUUGCAAUCUUUGAUAAAGGGGAUUACUAUGCGUGUUAUGGCAAUGAUGCGGUUCUACUAGCAACAGAAGUUUUUAUGAGCGAUGUCUGCCUCAAGACAAUCACUAUCAAAGGGGAGUUGCUACAAUAUCUGACUAUGAACCAUGGACAAUAUCAACGGACAGUCAGAGAGCUUCUAAUGUUCUUGAGGUAUCGUGUAGAGCUGUAUACCUUGGACCGAGAUCAAUGGGUUCUGAAGGCAAAGGGUACCACUGGUAAUCUGGGAGAUUUCGAAGAUGUAGUUGGCGACGUAACUGGAUGUGGAAAUGUAAUUAUGGCUAUCAAAAUCUCAAAGGGAGAAAAUAAUGACGUCAGCGUCUGUUUUGUAGACCUUAUGGAAUUUCGCGUACUAACAUCUGAAUUCAUCGACUCACCGAGCUUUGCUCAAGUCGAGCAAUGUAUCGUUGGUAUGGCUCCACGUGAAUGUCUCGUCUAUGCCGACACCGGAAACUGUGCAUUCAGUGGAAAAGAGCGUCCGAAGAAAUUGAGUAGUCUCCUCAAAAAGGUGGGAGUGCUUGAAACCAAUGCCAGCUCCUUGACAGAAUCAUGCGAUUGGGAGGAGGUGUGCACCAUAUUUCAUCCAGGAUGUGAAUAUACAGCACUUUCUGAACCUAUCAGACGUUGUCUCUGUGGCUUAUACAAUUACUUGAGAAUGACAGAGCAGGAAGUCUUCAAGCAAAAGUUUACACUAUCCGAUUAUCGAACCUCUGGUUUCAUGCAUAUCGACGCAGGAGCUGUUCGUGCUCUUGAACUGUUCUCGUUGAGCUAUCAUCAGGACACAAAGGGGAACUCUGGAACCCUAUUCGGUUUGCUUAACAAGUGCCGUACGGCCCCUGGGCAGCGACUUUUGAGAGAAUGGUUAGCUCGUCCAUUGUGUGAUAUCAGGCAGAUAAGUGAUCGACAGGAUGUUGUUGAAUCUCUGGUGCAAAAUUCUGAGGUUCGCAGGACUUUGAGCGACAUGCUCCUGCCCAAAGUCCCUGAUAGUUCGGUUUUGGCUAGAAAGUUGGUUCUCAGCAAAGCUAAGCUGCAGGACUGUUAUCGAGUCUUUCAAUUGGCUGUCCUCCUGCGACAUUUUGAACGUACUUUACGCGAGCUUUUUGAUAAUGACGAGAAAAAUGGGCCAGCUAUCAAAGACUUGAUGCUGGAACCAAUCUGUUAUGCACUCUUGCACUUUGACAAAUAUUGCAAGUUGAUUCGCAGUACAGUAGAUGAGGAGUUUUAUGACAAAACUAGCGACUUCCGCAUCCGUCCUGAUAUUGACCCGGAACUGCUACGGAUCAGUGAUGAAAUGUCUGCACUGGAAAAGAAGGCUGAGAAAGCUAGGGCACAUCUUGCGGCUAAACUGAAUCUUGAUUCCAUCAAACUCGACUCAAACGGUCAACUUGGAUUUUUCUAUAGAGUUACGCUGAAGGAAGAAAAGAAUAUCCGAAAAGCGAAGUUUAUUACUGUACUAAAUACUAGCAAAGGCUCUGGUGUUCAUUUUCGUGAUGGCGACUUAGCCGAGAUCAAUGAGCGUCACCAAGUGCUGAACAAUAUAUAUCGGACUGCUCAACAAGAUUUGGAGAAGAAAGUAAUUGCUACUUGUGCUGGAUAUGCCUCCGCCUUGAGCGAGUUGAGUAAUACUCUUGCUACGAUUGACGUUCUCACAAGCUUGGCUCGAGUGGUGACAGAUGCGGCUAGUGACUAUGUCAGGCCCAAAUUGGAGCCUAUGGGCAGUGGCGUGUUCGAACUGAAAAAAUGUCGCCAUCCGGUUUUAGAAGCGUUGAUAGACGAGCCAUUCAUACCAAAUGAUGUGGAGCUCGGGACAAAUCGAAUGGUCAUUCUAACGGGUGCAAAUAUGGGCGGAAAAAGUACUUAUCUCCGAUCGGCAGCUAUCUCAGCUUUACUAGCGCAAAUUGGAAGCUUCGUACCCGCUUCGUACGCUCAUAUGUCGGUAUUGGACGGCAUCUUCACCCGCGUGGGUGCAAGCGACCAACAGACCAGAGGAAUUUCUACGUUCAUGGCCGAAAUGCUGGACUGUGCCACUAUCUUAGAGACUGCGACAUCCAACUCAUUGGUAAUAGUCGACGAACUGGGACGUGGUACUUCAACGUACGAUGGCUUCGGACUUGCUUGGGCAAUUGCAAAUGAGCUGCUCACGAGAGUGAAGUGUUACUGCUUGUUUGCAACCCACUUCCACGAAAUGGGAGCGAUCGCUGAACGGCCAGGUGCAGUAGCCAUGCAAAUGUCUGUAUCGGUCGAAAAUGAACAACUCACCAUGCUAUACGAAAUCCGCCCAGGAGUGGCCCAAAGUUCCUUCGGCAUUUAUGUUGCUCGUAACGUCGGUUUCCCUGAGAAUAUCAUCGAGGACGCGUCUUGCAUACUCAAUGAACUAGAAAAUAAUGCAACUGAAGAAGACGUAGAUGAAAUCAUCAAGAAGCUGAAAACUGCGAAUAAUGAAGAAUUGACUCGUCUUCUGGCAUGAUUUUCUUACAGUAUCUAUCACUCAUAUAACUUUUCAACGGGAUCUCACUAACGCACUCAUCUCGGUAUCUCAUUUUUUCCUCACGCUCUCAACUUCUCAGUGUCAUUAUCUUUGAUUAUGUUCUCACCAACAUUGCCUAUACCUCCUUCACUUCUUACUUUUAUCACUUAUAUCGUGUCCUAUCGUUACAUAAUAGGAU